AUGAAGUCAGUUUCUACACCCAUUAACGAUGUUCAAGUCUUGGAUGAAGGAGACUUGUCUGAGAUUCCAAUCGAGGCAUUCGAAAAGCAUGGAUCCACUCCAUCGAGUAAUAGUGAUGUCAAUAGCCAGGGAGGAGAAAAGAAGAAACUUCACUCUAUAUUGAAAAAUAGUCCCAAUAAAAGUGAUAACCAAAAUAGUUCAGCUACUUUGGCAUCAGUCUCGGAAUCUUUACUCAAAAAACACCCAGGAUUAAGAAUUGCAACCACAAAUAAUGGCGAAAUCAAUCCAGUGAAAGGUGCGAGAGUAAUUUUUUCACCAACUAAAGAGAUAUUAUCUUAUAGAAAUGAUUAUCUUAGUGAUGAUGAUGUUACUCCUUCACCACCACCUCAAGUAUUAAGAGUUUUUAAUAGAUUGGUUACUGAUCCCAAAAUUCCUUACGUUUUAUCGCUUUAUGUACAACUUUUUCUUAACAUUUCGCUGAUUUCUUUACUUGCUUACUUAAUAUUCAUAUUUGUAAAGACAGUCAGAUCUGAUAUUAAUCAAAAAAUUGAAAUGUAUACCAUGGAUGCGUUACAUGAAAUCUCCCUUUGCUCAAGAGAAUAUUUUAGAAAUAAGUGCUCAAUUGAAAAUGGUAAUGUUAGAGUGCCUGCUUUAGAGAAAACAUGUACAAUGUGGGGGAAAUGUAUGAACAGAGAUCCUCAAUUGAUUGGUAAGUCAAAGGUUACUGCUGAAACUUUUGCUGAUAUCAUCAAUGGUUUCUUAAAGCCAAUUAGUUGGAAAUCUCUUUUCUUAAUGACAUUUCAUGUUCUAAUAACUUUUUUCUUCACCAAUAGGGUUUUCGGUGAUUAUCGUCAUUCUACUUAUAUGAAUCAAGAAUCAGAAACAAAUAAAAUCAACUCUUUAGAGUCUAGAUUGUAUGAUCAAGAGCAACUUCUAUCACAAUAUAAGGAGCAGAAUGAAAAACUACAAGCAAAUCAAUCUUAUUACCAAGGUGGUAUGGAUACUCCCAGUGCUACUAGAUUGGAAUCCCCCAAUAGUUUUGACGAUGGUACCUUGGUUCGUUCAAAAAACAUAAACUCUUCUUUCCAUUCUCCAUUACAAAAUAAGUUUAGAUACCGAUAA